AUGAAUAACGUCACCGUGCGAGCAGCGCAGCCGCUCUCCGACGCGGCGAAGGCCAUCCUAGAUGCCGCGCCGCGACACUGGAUCCCUUAUGCCCUCGGUCUGCUCGUGGGCUACCCCCUUCUCACGAGCGGCCUGCGGUACCAGCGGCUGCGGACACUGCACAAGAAGUAUCCCUAUGCCACCCGGGCGGACAUGGCUAAGAUGACGGACGACCAUGCGUUCGAGAUCCAGAAGUCCGUAGCACAGCUCGAGUUUCCGUUUAUGUUUAUCAAGGCACUGCAGUUUGCCUUGUUUAGGACCUACGGCAUCCCAACAAUCUCUCGCCUCCUCACCACCACCACCCAGUUCUCCAACCCCGAAACAUCACUCAAGCGCUACACCGACACCAGCGCGCUUAUCCAAGAAAUGGUGGGCAACAGCCCGACCUCUCAGCGCGCCUACAUCUCGCUCGCCCGCACCCGCUUCCUGCACAGCGGAUACCGGGCCUCGGGCAAGAUUCUCGACGACGACAUGCUGUACACGCUCGCCCUGUUCGCACUGCAGCCCAUCCGCUUCAUCAACCGCUUCGAAUGGCGCCAGCUAAGCGACCUGGAGCGUUGUGCCAUCGGCACAUUCUGGAAGAGCGUCGGCGAUGCGCUGGAGAUUAGCUAUGCGAAGCUGCCGUCCGGAACGGCGGGAUUCCAGGAUGGCAUUCAGUGGCUGGACGAGCUGGAUGCGUGGAGUGAAAUGUACGAGGUGCAGUGCAUGGUGCCCGAUGCGAAGAACCGCGAGACGGCGGACCAGACCACGGCGAUCCUGGUGUAUAUGCUGCCGACAGCGCUGCACCCCGUGGGACUGGAGUUCGUCUCGUUCAUGAUGGAUGAUCGGCUGCGUCGGGCAAUGCUCUACGACCCGCCUUCUUCCAUUGCGAGGGUUGUCUUCUCCAGCCUGCUCACCAUUCGCAAGCUUUUCCUGCGGUAUCUGUGCCCGCCGCGGCCGUAUUUCUUGCGCUACGCCUCGUUCACCGAGGAACCGGAUGAGAAUAACCGGUUCUUCCUCACUGAGUGGGAAGCAGCGCCGUAUUAUGUCAAGCCGACGUUCUGGAACCGCUGGGGUCCGAUGGCGUGGGUGACCCGAAUGCUGGGACGGCCGCUGCCGGGCGACGAGGGAGAUAAGUAUUAUCCUCAUGGGUAUCACAUCCAAGACAUGGGGCCGCGCUAUUUUGAAGGCAAAGGGCGGAAGGCGCUUGAGGAGGCGAUGGAGGAAUUCAAGGAGUAUCGGACAGGGAAGUGCCCAUUCCAUUGA